GUGAGAUAUGUGUUUGAUAUUUGUUGAAAGUGAGAAAGAGAGUGCUAGUAUAGGAACAGAAAACAGACCAUAGAACUGUCAGAAGUUCAAUACGGUGCAGCUACAAAAAACUCUCAAAUGCUCCGAAUUUUUACGAUGUGGAGUGCGGAGCGGAGAACGGAUUAAGUUAGAUUAGGUUAGGUUAGGUUCAAGGCACUUCCACGUGAAACUGACGUGAACGCGUUAGGCAUCUACAGGUGGAUAUAUUUUAACAGCUGUUGCGGUCAUCGCCGAAGCAUUCACCGAAAGGAACAUUUUUUUCAUUAUUUACAACAUAUCCUGAGCUUUGUAUCUGCGUGUUCCCGUUAAUUGGAGAAUGGAGAUUCCAAAUAGUGAAAGAAGGCCGAUCGCUUAUUUGACUCGCAAGGCACAGAUAUCUUGCUGCCAUCGUUUACACAGCCCAUUCCUAAGCGAGCACGAGAAUGAAGUGAUAUACGGAAAGUGCAACAAUGUUUGGAGUCAUGGUCACAAUUACAAUGUGGAAGUAACCGUCCGCGGACCUGUGAAUCCGUUAACAGGAAUGGUCAUGAAUUUGGAAGAUUUAAAGGACUGCAUGCAAAAGGUGUUGAUGGAUAAGAUGGAUCACAAAAAUAUAGACAAACAAGUAGACUACUUCCAUAAAACGGUUUCAACGACCGAGAAUGUCGCUAUAUAUAUUUUCAAUGAGUUAAAAAAGCACAUGUCCAAUCCCGAAUUGUUGUAUGAAGUAAAAGUCCACGAAACUGACAAAAAUGUUAUGUGUUUUAGGGGGGAGUACGAUGAAAAUGUACCUGCUGCUUCUUAAUUAUUAAUUAUUAUAUUAUACAGACUUAUUCAUCUCUCAUGUGAUUUUUUU